AUGUCUACAUAUGAAAAUUUAUCUGAAGUUGAAGAAAUUUUGUCUGAAGUUGAAGCAUUUGAAGAAAUUCAUGAUUCUGACAUAUUUCAGAGUUUUGUUGAGGAGAAUGAAGAAUUUGAGGAUGAUUAUGAUGAGGAAAUUGAUGGUGGUUACAAUGAAGAAAUUGAGUGUGAUAAAGAAUUUAAUGAUUUUGAGGAAGACAAUGAAAUAUCAAUUGGUGAUGACAGCAAUGAUGACUAUUUCCCACAAUGUUCUUUAAUGAUUUUUGAUUCAGAAAAAGGAUGUAGCAUGCCUUGCACUCAAAAUAGUUAUAGAAGGCUACAACAAUGCAUUGGGGUAUGGGAAAUUAAUAAAGUUAGUGUCAAGGAUGCAGAUAAGGAGUUAGGAAAACUUGGAGUUUGUAAAUAUCAUUUUAACUUAGAUCAAACUCCCUCAUAUCAUCCUAGUGGAUCAAAACAGGAAAAAUUAGUUAAUCAAGCAAAAAUGCUAUCAAAGAGAUGUUUAUUCUGCCACAAGAUUUUUAAUAUUUAUUCAAGAGGCAAUUAUUGUAAUAAACAUUCUUGGCAAAUAAGUGAUAGGAAGCUCUUAAUAUCAUGCAUUUGUCAAUUUACAUGUCCAUCUACAAUUAAUGAAAUUUUAAACAAAAAAUCCAACAAUAUUGCUAAUGCUCUCCCUAGAUAUAUUUGUCAAGAUUGUUGUUAUAAAAAAGGAUGUCAUAUUUAUAAUCCACCAGAUGUUGCAAACUCAGGCAAUUUUGAAGAAAAACAAAAGUUAUUAUCCAACAUUUUGCCUUCUUUAGUAGCACAUUGGAAUAAUAAUGAAACUCCUCAAAAACCCUGUCAAGAGACCCCUUCACAUUUGCCAAGCCCAUUUUUAAUCAAUACAAUUUUGCAAGUAAAAGGUGCUGAUAAAUUACAUGAAAAUCAAAAGGGUAAUUUAAAUCCAGAUCAAUCUUUUAAUUAUGGAGAAUCUCUAGGCAAUUUUAUAUUAAAAAGUAGAAAACAUAUUAAUGAGCAUCAACAGCAACUUGCUAAGCCAAAUUCAUUGAUAGAAUAUUACCAAGCAAUUCCAAAAGUGAUUACUAUGUUUUUUGAUGGUUUUAUUGGAGUAAUAUUAAAACAUCAUCAUGAGUUGAGGAAAUAUAAAAGAAAAUAUUACAAUUUAAAAACAAAGAUUGAUGAUACAGAACAAGAUCCAAUGCAAUUAAUUAAAAUCACUACCUUUUUAUCAUCUAUUUUGAUAUUACAUUCACUUCAUGUAAUAUCACAUACUGAAGAUCAUGAACGUCGUUUGGAAAUAAAAAGAAUGGAAAAGGUUGAUCCUAAAUCUAGAAUUAUAAGUGGUCCUAAUAUUUGGCCAUUAGUGGUCAUUGAUAAUUUAGAUACAAAACAAAAAACCUUCAAGCAUAAUAAUUAUUGUAAUGAUGGAAGAACAUCAUUCCAUGUUGUACUUAGAAUGUGCUUUUUUUUUACUCUUCCUUCACCUAUUCAUGAAAUUGUUGAUUCCAAAAAAAAAAAUUCAGGGAAAUACAAAGCAAAUUCACUUAAAGAACCAUUGUGGAAAUUAACAACAGAUUUAUUAGAUCUGUUUGAAAAUUUUGAUCCAAAUAUGACUCAUCAUUUAAUUGAAAAGGCACCUGAGUUAACAACUGAUGGUUUUAAUUCACUUUUCAAUAGUUAUGAUAUUGGUAAAAGAAGGAUAGAAACCCUAUUGGACCAAGAAGUUUAUGGAACUGAAGAGAUAAAUACAAUUGGUCAUAGAUCAACAAAUGUAAAAAUAUAUAAAUAUGAAAAACUUGUUGAAAUUUACUCAAGAAAAAAAGGAAAAGAAAAGGCCACCAAUUUAGAAGAAAUUGAAGAAAUUGAAGAUCCUUCUAACAAUAAUCCUAUUGAUAUUUCUGUUCCAAUUGAAGAAGGUGAAAGUAGUAAUAAUAAUAAGAGACGAAAAACAACAGAAUAUGAGCAUUCCAUCCUGGAUCCUCUUGUUGAAAUGGAUACUAAACCAACCAAGGAUCAAAUUAACAAAGCAGUUGAGAAAACACAAUGGGAGAAAAAAAGAGUUCAAGAUUUUGUUAAUAAAAGGAGGAAAAAAAAAGAAACCCAACAACAAUAA